AUCAUGCAUCAUGCAUCACAUCCGGCGAUUCGCUGCUCGUUCUUGAUGAGCAUCGCCACAGCAUUAUCCGCCCAGGCGGUGUCCUUCCCCACGCGCGUGGAUACUAACCUAUAGGCAUCAACCUACAAAACCGAUGUUUCUCAUAGCGGAGGCCGCUCAUGAAUGAUCUUCACACUGCUGUGGAGACGGGUACCCGCAUGCCGAUGUAACUGUCAAACGAAGCGCUCUUGCAAUCAUAUUCACGCACUGCCGUCGAUGGCCCGUCAUGCAUGGCGCGGUCGUAAUAGAGUUUCAAUAUCAUAUGAAUCGCUUACGUCGCACGGAGUGCCUGCUGCAUCUACCGGCUUGUCACUAAUGGUGUCCCCCAUCAAUCAGAGAGAUGGAACUAUGUGUUUCACAGCAAUCCAUCUUCUUCCAUGUGUCAGCUGCCCUGAUGCCUUCCAGGUCCUGCCGGGGCCUGCAUCGCAAUAUAAGGAUUCUACUCGAUCAGAGUCAUCCCAGUCGCGCGCUCCUCCUAGCUCCACGAUGUCAAGCUUCCAAUUUCCAUCUUACGAUCUGGGUCCAUUGGUAUUAGGAUUGGCAUUCAAUUGGGGGCUACAAAGUGUGUUAACUGUUCAGACUUACAUUUACUACCUCUGCUUCCCGCACGAUCACUGGACUCAGAAGUGUCUAGUAUACGUGCUGUGCAUCUAUGAGUGGGUACAGACAGGAUUGAUCACAGCAUUCAUAUAUCGUCUGCUACUCGGGAUAACUGCAACGCAGUCCAUAUUGUCAGUGUAUGAUGAUUUGGAACUCUUCUCCGGCAACGCGUGGGUCACCAUCUAUAUUAUGGGUGCAGUCCAAUCGGCUGCAGUACAGAUCUACUUUUCCCGCCGCAUAUACAUCCUCUCGCGCUCGUACAUCAUUCCAUGUUUUACCAUUUUCGUAGCAUUGGCUCAGCUGAGCGCUGGGCUUGUAGGCGGCGUUCAGAGAUUGAAGACAGAUAAAGAUUUCGUACGGGACGAUUACGAUGCAAACUUCCAUUACAGAGUCCUCAAUAUGGACGUGGCCACAUGUGUUUGGCUCGCUGCAAGCACUAUAUGCGAUGUGACUAUCGCCGUAUCGCUCGUAGUUUUGUUAUUCAGGCUCAAGAAUGGUCUGAGAUGGACUAACAUCAUCAUAAACCGCUUAAUAAAUCUGGUCAUCGAGACAGGCUCAUUGACUGCGGUCACAGCAGUUGUCACUUUUGGUCUCUUCGUGGGAGUGCCUAAUACAGAGUUAGCCAUUUGCCCACUCCUUAUCCUGUCAAAACUAUACGCAAAUUCUGUCCUGAUCACGCUCAAUAAUCGCGUGAUCCUCAAGUCUGGACAACACGGCGAUUUGCCCGAUGCCAUUGUUUUGAAGCCGACUGUCCAUAAUAUCGGCCAUAUGCACGACUAUCCGACGAUCGAUGCUGAUCACUCAAGCAUAGUACCGCAUGUUCCUAUCAUCAUCGCUGUCAGCCAUGAAGUGGGCACUUUUGUCUCGAAAGAUGAGGAGGAAGGUCGCAUCUCCGCCGGUCAUGACCAUAGCUCGGAAAGCGAAUGAUCCAAUGACUCAAAGAACAGAUCGUCCGGCAUCAGCAUAGGGCAUAUCGACGCACGCCUUUCCACUCCGUCUCCCCGCCUGCACCGAGCAUGCGAUGAAUUAUUUUGAUACUUAUCUUACGGAACCAUGGACUCGUUGCUUUUCAUUGUCCGAGUCCCGUUUCUCUUGACGAUGCACACUGUGUUACUCGGAGGCAGAAGAAAUUCUCAUCCUGUCUCAGGGCUUUGAUGAUGGACUGUGCGUUGCGCGAAAGCUUGCGUGCGCAGC